UGGGAGGAGCUGGACCGCGCCUGCGCAGGAGAGGGGAAAGUGUCGGCGGCGCCCCUUACUAUUCGCCUCCCUCCCUCUCUCUCUCUCCCGCCCCAAACGGAGGAAGGCGUCCGUCGGGCCUGACGGCGUGAAAACAUGGGCCUGAGGGGACGCCGGUAGCGGCCACAGCAGCGGUAGGUCACCAGCUGGCCCACAGUUGUUCAACUGUCAGAAUCUAAAUCAGUUUAACACGGCUGCAUCAACAUGAAUGAAGUGUCAGUCAUCAAGGAGGGCUGGCUGCACAAGAGAGGUGAAUACAUCAAAACCUGGAGACCAAGGUAUUUCCUGCUGAAGAGUGAUGGGUCUUUCAUUGGGUAUAAGGAGAAGCCCGAAACAACAGAUCAGAGCCUUCCCCCCUUAAAUGACUUUUCUGUGGCAGAAUGCCAGUUAAUGAAAGUAGAGCGGCCCCGUCCCAACACCUUCAUCAUUCGCUGUUUGCAGUGGACAACAGUUAUUGAGAGGACCUUCCAUGUGGACUCCCCAGAUGAAAGGGAGGAGUGGAUCCAGGCCAUUCAGAUGGUUGCCAACAGUUUAAAGAACCAGGAACCGGAAGAAGACAGAAUGGACUACAAAUGUGGCUCUCCUAGUGACAGCACAGGUGCCGAAGAGAUGGAGGUGGCGGUGACAAAGACCCGGGCCAAGGCGACCAUGAAUGACUUUGACUACCUGAAGCUCCUUGGGAAGGGCACCUUUGGGAAGGUCAUCCUCGUGCGGGAGAAAGCCACUGGGCGCUACUAUGCCAUGAAGAUCCUGCGCAAAGAAGUCAUCAUUGCCAAGGACGAAGUGGCCCACACUGUUACAGAGAGCCGAGUCCUGCAGAACACAAGACAUCCCUUUCUUACGGCACUGAAAUACGCGUUCCAGACCAACGACCGCCUCUGCUUUGUCAUGGAAUACGCCAAUGGCGGAGAGCUAUUCUUCCACCUUUCAAGAGAGCGUGUCUUCACCGAGGACCGUGCACGUUUCUAUGGGGCUGAGAUUGUUUCUGCCUUGGAAUACCUCCACUCUCGGGAUGUUGUUUACCGCGACAUCAAGCUGGAGAACCUCAUGCUGGAUAAAGACGGACAUAUAAAAAUCACAGACUUUGGGUUGUGCAAAGAGGGCAUCACGGAUGGCGCCACAAUGAAGACUUUCUGCGGGACGCCGGAGUACCUGGCCCCUGAGGUGCUGGAAGACAACGAUUAUGGGAGAGCUGUGGACUGGUGGGGCCUUGGCGUCGUCAUGUAUGAGAUGAUGUGUGGGCGCCUGCCCUUCUACAACCAAGACCACGAGCGCCUCUUUGAGCUCAUUCUCAUGGAGGAGAUACGCUUCCCACGCACGCUCAGCCCCGAGGCCAAGGCUCUGCUGGCAGGACUGCUCAAGAAGGACCCCAAGCAGAGGCUUGGGGGCGGCCCCAAUGAUGCCAAGGAAGUAAUGGAGCACCGUUUCUUUGCUGCCAUCAACUGGCAAGAUGUUGUUCAAAAGAAGCUCAUCCCCCCCUUCAAGCCCCAGGUGACAUCUGAAAUCGACACGCGAUAUUUCGAUGAUGAGUUCACCGCGCAGUCAAUAACCAUCACCCCACCUGACCGAUAUGACAGUCUGGAUUCCCUAGAUGCUGACCAGCGGACCCACUUCCCCCAGUUUUCCUACUCGGCCAGCAUACGGGAGUAGGUCAGCAGCCUUCCCACGGCACGCCUGAAGGCGAGAUGGACAGGGGAGGGUGCCAGGCAGCAGGACUCCAUGUGGGGGGAGGGUGUGUGUUUCUGGCUCCUUCCCCCCACUUUUCCCCCCGUGGAGCUGCUCCUGCUGCACCCCAGCUUGCGGAGGGACUGCGUGGACUCCCCUGUGCCUGCUGCACUCGGCCUCCUGCAGCCGGGCCCCAGGGCAGGUCCUGCACAUGCUACCAUCAGGCAAGUCGCUUGGACAAGUGGAGCCCCUCUCCGCCUCCCCCUGACCUCCGAGCCCCUCUUGAGAAUGGACUUGGGCAUGUUUCUUCAUUGCUUUUCAUCGAUCUGUGCCCUGCCAUGGGCUUGCGUUUGGAUGUUUGCUUGCAAAGCCACCUGAGUGGGAGGAAGCGGUCGUGCCGGUGCCGGAACAUUUGCGUGAAGGUUGCCGGAGAAGGAAGGAACCUGUGGAAUGGAAAGAACAGUUUGCAGCCACAAAUGGGUAUGCAGCACUCAAUGGCACAUUUUGUUGGGGGUGACAGCUGCUCCCCUUCCAACAUGUUGUGUGGAUCAUGGAGCACACAAACCCUCAUAAGCAAGAGCCACGGGUGGCAGCAGUGUCUGUGAUGCCACUGAAAUAAGCAUUGUGCAGCCAAAGCUGAGCGCUCGCCAACGGUUCCAGGUUUGCAGAAAGGGACCCAGUUCUGCAAACUCCUCUGCCCCUCCUUGACCUCCAACAUGCUCAAAGAGGGAAUUGGCAUGGAGUGCCUGGGUCUGCCUCCCUUGUUUGCCCAAAGGCGGCUGCCAGGGUGCAAAGGAGAAGUCCUCCUGCUGCUGCUACAUGUGGUUACCAAAGCAAUAACGGCUCUCUUCUGAACUGUCUUAACCCAAGGGCAAGGCGUGUUCCCUCCUCCUAUUCCUCACCACUAGAUCUACUUUUCUAUCGUACAGUUGGCCAGCAGGCCUGGGCCUUGGGUGGGUGUUUGAGCAGUUGUGGCCAUACACAAACCUUUUUGCCAUCUUCUGCUUCUCUUAGUAUAGUGGGCUGACUUAUAGGACAGCUGCCACUAGUAGGAACCCUCCUUCUGCCCCUGUGAACAGUCGGAAAGACGAGGUGCUGCCGGGGCAAGGGAGCUCAAGGUCACUUUAUCCCACCUGAAAGAAUUGAAGCAAUUUGGAGUUCUCCCCUUGCAGAGAUUGGUUAGUCUGGACAGUUAUCUCAGAGACAUCAGUGUCUUUCUUUCUCUCAAAUGCUGGUUGUGCAUUGAUGCAUCGUGCGGUUGCUACCUCGGGAGGGCAAAGAACUCGCCCUCUUUCAAAACAUUUGUCUGGCUUGACCCUUGGAGUCAGCCCCCUAUGCUGUAAUUUCCAUCUGGCUAGGCACCCCAGCAAGUGUGUUGCUUUGUCCCAAGUUGCACAGAGAGUGAGGAGAUGUAUAUACGUGUCCCAUUACAGUCAGAACAGGGCAAUCUGUUUUCUUGGCUCCCUCCUGCCCUGGCCUCAGUUGCAUUCCUUGCAAAUCUUCCCUUCUCACUCUGGAAGAGAUGACCUUCCCUUACUAUAACAUUGUUUUGUGAACUAUCUCCACUCUUAAAUGCCUUUCUCCCACAAAGAUGUGUCCCACACAGCACCCACUGCUUUCUGUGCUAGCCUUCCUGUUGUUCCAGCUAUGGAUCAGGGAUAGGCAGGAGACCAGGCAGACUGGCUGGCUACCUCUAGCCUUCAGUGUUUGCAGUGAUGGGAGAGAGAGGACAGCGCUGAGAUGGACACAUUUUUAAACUUCCCCGAAAGAAACAGGGAAAAAUUAGAGUCUGGCGCUCAGUCAAUGCCCCAACCAUCUUGGCCCUUUAUGCUUUCUGAUUCCAUUUUUUUUCAUCCUCAAGAUGCCAAUGUGUUCUGCCCUUUGUUCUCUCUCCCCAUCACACACAAACUGACAAGCAAAUCCCCAUAAGUCUGAGAUGAGCUUGUUCUUGUAUAGCUGUGUAGAAUCACAGAAUGACUAGAUUACCUUGAAUGUCUUCAAAUACCUUAUGCUCUUUGGGGGGGGGGGGGGAGUUCCCCCUUUGUCAUUGUGGCUAUGCUUGCUUUGGCAUCUAUUACCCAGAGAGCAAAAGCAGCCCAAGCCCUAGGUCUUUGCAAAGACCAACUGCGCCACUGUCUCUGUGACAUUGUACGCUGUAGAGGGGAUAGGAAUGGUUGAAAAUCCUGUGUAUAGUUAGCAGGAGUAGAGUGGGGAAAGUGAACUCAGCUGAACACACAAGGUUGGAUUAUAACAGAAUCUAGAUCUCCCUCUUCCAGGAGUUCUCUACUCCGGUGCAGUGUCAGGAGAGAGAAUGCUAAUUGGAAGGAGAAUAUCCACCCAUAUGGUGUCAUUUGCAGUGCUUUUCCUUUGGGGAGGCAUGGAGCAUUUCAGCUUGUAUUCAGUCCAUUGUUUAGAUUUCCAUUGGGUAUGGUGUGGCAGUAGUCCAAUACAUCUUAAUGGGUGGGGAGACAACUGCACUAUAUAUCAACGACGGAGCAGGAUUAUUAAAGGAACCUGAUUCCUGUGGUGUAUGGAAACUGCCUUAUAAUCCCUGGUCACCCCAACCUAAAAUUGUCAACUCUGACAAGUUGAGUGGGGAAGAGGUGUAAGGAUGUCUGGAGGCAGGAUCCACUGCCUGGUAGGCAUGGUUCUAAAUGGUUUUAAAGUACUUACAAAACUAGGGUGUACUGGUGCUUUGCUUCUAAAGUGUUUCUAAAGUUCUGGUGCUAAAAUUUCAGAACUCUUAAAACUUUCAAAAUUUCGUUAUAAAGGGCAGUUCCUAAUUGGUUCUGUCAUAAAAAUCGCCAGUAAUGGAAAUAAUAAUGAAAAUUUGAAAGUUUUGUUAAAGUUCUGAAAUUUUAACCACCAGAACUUUAGAAACACUUUAGAAGCAAAGCACCAGCUUUAGCAACACUUUAGAAACAAAGCACCAGCGCUCCCUAGUUUUGUAAGUACUUUGGAACUUUAGAGCCAUGGAUUGCCCAUGCCGACUGCCUAGUCUUUCUGGAAUUAAACACAAGCCAACAUGGCCUUUGUCUGCUAAGAGAUCAUAGGAGUGUGCAGUUCACAGGAACCACUGUGUUUUUGGGGGGUCCUUUCAUUCACUCACUGAAUACCAGGCGAAGUCAGUGAGAGACGCGAAACACAGAAGAGUGCUUCUGUGGGAAAUCCUUCCCUCUGGUUAGGGAUGGAAGAGUCCGUUACAAAAGCAGCUGCCAUUUCCGAGAACCAUUCUCUUAGAACGGCUUCCUACAUUGAUGUGGGGGAUUUAGCAGGCAAACAUUAAUGUGCCCUUUGCCUCUGAAUUGUUUCUUUCCUGGACUGGCAGCUGGACCACCACUCUGAAUAACACUGCCUUAGAACUUGUGUGCCAAUGUUUGUUUGCAUUGGGAAGCAAGAAUCAAAUUCUUACGUAGCCUUCAAGCAGAUCCUUGGAAAGUGCAAGGGGUACAAUUGCAGACGGGAUUGCUCUCGCAGGGUAUGGGAAUAGUCUUCUAAGCAGCUUUAAAGGGUCUGAGGUAAUUGGGAGGAGCUACCAAUGGCCAUGGUCUACAAGCCACCAUGCUUCAAGGGCUGCUUUGCUCACACUACCUCUUCCUUGGCAAUGAAAAAAGAGCAGCUCUGGUGUCUGAGCAAGGCUGCAAAUCCAGUACUAGGCAUGGGCAGUCCAUGAUUCUAAAAUACUUACAAAACUAAAGCUCUGGUGGUGAAAACUAGGCAGCGCUGGUGCUUUGCUUCUAUAGUGUUGCAAACGUUCUGGUGGUGAAAAUUUCAGAACUCUUAACAAAACUUCCAAAUUUUUGUUAUAAAUGGCAGUUGUUAAUUGUUUCUGUCAUAAAAAUCGCCAAUGAAAUUUUGAAAGUUUUGUUAGAGUUCUGAAAUUUUCACCACCAGAACUUUAGCGACACUGUAGAAGCACAGCACCAGCACAGCCUAGUUUUCACCACCAGAACUUUAGUUUUGUAACUACUUUAGAACCAUUUAGAACCAUGGAUUGCCCAUACCUACCCAGUACUCCAGAAGUUGCUGGCCUUCUCUGUAAUGAAUGAUAUGGGCACUCCCUCAGCCUUGCUUAGUGCCCCACAAACCUUGCAGGAGUCGUGAUCGCGUUUUUGUUUUGGGGGGGGGGGGGGCAGCAGGAAUCUACACAUCAGAAACAGAUGUGGGUGCCCCAUGCUUGCAGAACUCUUUCAUUUCUUGAGCAAUGGCUGCUACUGCGUGCUAAGCCCCCCGCCCAACCAUUCUUGAGGGGUGAAGAAUCCCCCCCCCCCUUGGAGGCAGGCAGCCAGUGCUGGAACAGGCCCAGCAAAGCAGGCUGGGGUCUGCAGGAUUGCUGGCAGACCUGCUGACCAUGGAGCACAUUGCAGAGGUUUUUCUGUGGCCCAGCUCCAACUCUCUGAGCCCUUUCGCCUUAAGAUCCCCAUUAAUGGGAAGCAUUCCUGGGGUGUCUCAGCUGGAUCCUGGUGAUCCUGGCUGGUCAUCCCAUGUUCUUACCUCACCCCCAGCGGUGGCCCUUUACUGGUCAGUCCCAGUAAAGCUUCUUCCUCUUCCUGAAUAGGAGAGACAUCUGUUUGAAUGUACUUGCACGCCUGACCCCCAUCCAGCUGCAAGAGACCCCCAAAUACCAACAAGCCAUGACUCCACUCUUGUGCCAUCGCCAGGACUCAGGUGGCCCUAGCUAAUGGGUGGCCCUUAUUGUUACAACCUCUCCAAAGAGCACGGCGCCUUUGGAAGCUGUUUCCUCUUCUAGACAGGUAGCCCCUUGGCCUGGAUGACGACAUUUCCCUCUGCUGGGUCUACAGGCAGCAGGCUGCCUAAGCAUGGCUAUGCUACCCAGGGUUAGCGGGAGAGAGUAACAGGCUGAUUCUAAGGUAUCCUAGCCUUGUCCUUUUGCCAUCUCACUGUCAUCAGGUGCCAAGUGACACUUCGGGUGGGGUCAGGCUGGAACUGGCGUUAUAUCUUCGAAUUAAUUGAGGGCACGGUAAUGCCCCCAUUUCCGCCCGGAUGGGGAAUUGGCGGAUUUGGACUGAAUACAGCAGCCACAGUUGCCCUGUGGCUACCACUUGGCCUUCUGUUUUCAGGGCAAGCCUUCCUUCGAUGCCUGCCAAACGCCAAAGUGCCAGCGGUCUCAGAACCUCAAUGUGACGCUUUGUGGUUUUCACAACUUGGUCUGCUUUCACCCUUCAGGAAAGAAACUUGGGGUCAUAACCAAGACGUAUAGGAAGGCUUGGAUGCCCAGACGACGCAUAUGAAUUCAGGGUGAAACCCACAGACGGACUUUUAAAAAACAGUGACGUGCAUACAAACGCGAGGAGUGGGGUUAAUAAAAGUAUUGUUCCCCCCACUUGGUUUCUGUAGUUGUGGUAGUUGAGGUUUCUUAAACAGAGUACUGACCCUUGUUAGCAGCUUUGGGGAGGGGUGGGGGUGUUUCUGCUGAUGUGCCGUGUUUUUGUUCUUUGUGGUCUCGCUUUCCAAUUCUUGAAACCAAGCCCCCAGCAGCACUUGCAAACAGAGCCAGCCUUUCUCGGGCUUUUUGCCAAGAUCAAGAAUCGAGCUUGUAAAAUAAGGUUUUCUGAGAGGCAAGUACUCCAGAGCAUCUUUUGUAAAAAGUAGCCGAUCAUUAGGAUGCACCUAGAAAUGCUUGGGUUUUUUUUGUUUUCAGUUGGGUUUUUUAAGCCUUGGAGGUGCCUUCCUCUACCCUUGGAUUUGUACGGUACAAGCAAUAAAAAAAGUUUUGUUUUCUUUC